UACAUGAGCAAUUCUAGUACACGAUGGAUGCAGUGUAUAGUUGUCAUCUAGAUAAUCUGAACUUUAUUCGCUAUCAAUGAUAAUAUUCGGGCUUCAGCGGUUCAGGAUGGCAGGGAUCUGAGGACACUGUUUUUUACUCCUGACCGCUCGUUAUGAAAUCCAAUUAUCAUUUUUAAUACUGUUUGGCAUAUUUUGUUAUAUAUACGGAAACAGUAUCAAUGAUUUAUCAAAAUCAAAAUCCGGAUUUAGCGAUGGCUUACAACCCCUUUCUGUUUCCCAGGCCUUCGGACUAUACUUCACUGUUACAGCAGCACUAUCUGCCGGGAAUGACUGUGCCAGCACCCCCCGGGAUACCCGCCUCCAUCCUCCCAAAGCUUCAGCAGUCUGUGGGGCGUUCCCCGAUCACCCCAGGGGACUUACUACACCCAUUUCAUCCCCGUCCCCUCAGGACAAUGGAACCGGAGCCGGACGCCCAGGAUGAUCCGAAAGUAGAAAUAGAAUCCAAGGAACUCUGGGAACAAUUCCAUAAUUUCGGAACCGAAAUGGUUAUCACAAAAUCCGGAAGGCGUAUGUUUCCUCCGUUCAAAGUGCGCGUUUCUGGUCUCGAUAAAAGAGCCAAAUAUAUUCUUCUAAUGGACAUUGUUGCCGUUGAUGACUGUAGAUACAAGUUUCACAACAGUCGCUGGAUGGUGGCCGGAAAAGCCGACCCAGAAAUGCCCAAACGAAUGUACAUCCACCCCGACUCCCCCAGCACGGGGGAACAAUGGAUGCAGAAAGUGGUGUCCUUCCACAAGCUAAAACUGACCAAUAACAUCUCAGACAAGCAUGGCUAUGUAAGUAAAACUAUUCUAAACUCAAUGCACAAAUACCAGCCUCGUUUCCAUCUUGUUCGGGCCAAUGACAUUCUCAAGCUUCCCUACUCUGCUUUCCGGACGUACGUCUUCAAAGAAACGGAAUUUAUCGCCGUCACAGCGUACCAAAAUGAGAAGAUAACACAGCUUAAGAUUGAUCACAAUCCUUUUGCCAAGGGAUUUAGGGACUCGGGAAGCGGAAAACGUGAAAAGAAACGUCUUCUGAUAAACUCUAUACAUCAGUCCUCGUCAGCCUUCACGGACGAGGGAUCUCGAGUGGACGAUCCACAAAGUGACGAAGAUGACGAGAUUUGUGUUGACGAGACUGAUGACGUCACAGAAGACACGGUGUCCAUACUAUCCAGAUUACAUUCAGAUUUCAAAGCUUCUAAUGCUGAAAAUUCUCAAAUGGAAUCUUCAAAGACUCCUGAAAAAUCCGAUACCCAGACAAGUGCUCCAGUCCCUAGUGCUACAUCAACCCCGGAACCGGCACCCAAAUCUCCGGAAGUUUCUACAACCGAGGAAAAGUAUACCGAAUCAAAACAGCCAGAAACCGGAAGUGAUUCCCCGAGAUCUAGUGAGAGGAGUUCACCGGAGCGUGACAGAUCUCCUGGAUACAGUAGACUGUUUUCAAAGGAACACUCUAGUCCCCCAAAUGUAACAGUUGUUCAGCCUUCAGUGACGCACCCAAUGUUCCCAUACCUAUACCCGUAUACAUCCUCAGCAUCUAGUUUUCCAUACCCUAUGAGUCAUAUGUUGUUCUCGGGGAACUCUUCUCUCUCACAAGGUCUGCAAAUGCCAUUCCUCACUACCUCAGGACAUUCAGAUCUAAGUCAUAUACCCGCUCACGCUUUAUCGUCAUUGAACCAGUUUUCCUUACAGAGUCAUCUAAUGCAGUCAAACUAUUCUAGUCUGUCGUCGUCACUUAGUGGAAGGAACCCGACUUCCCCAACGGCGCCAAUCCCAAACACCCCUCUAGGACCAAUUUUUCCCAGCAGGUCAAACCAAAGGUUCUCCCCUUAUUCAUACUCCUUAUCAAAAUCUCAUAGUGAAAUGUCUCCUAAUUCUAGUGACAGUGGGAUCAAAUCUUCAUCUCCUCCGAAUUUUGCCGGUAUUACCCGACCUUCUCCGAUUCGACCCCGAAGUCCACUUUCUCAUCAUCUCUCGCCAGUGACGGCACACUCGAAACCACAUAGCGAGCUCCGGAGCAUGGAGCAGAUGCUUAAUGGACUGGACCGUAAGAAAGCACUAAAUCAUGAAUCACACAGUGUAGCUAUGGAAAAAUGAAGACGUUAUUGUUCAUAAUUGCUAGGAAACAUAUUCGUUUUCAUGGUAGUUCGGGUCUAUGAUGACGCGCAGGUUCAAUUAAGUGCAACAUGCCGCUCAACAAAGAAUGAAUAUGAGGUCUGUCAUUAACGACCGUCUUAAUUAUCUGGGCAGUGCUAGAGAACAAAGACGCAAGUGGAUUAAAUUUCAGAAAUUUGUCACCGCUGCGUGAUUUUUGUGUACAAUGGACUGCAGUCAAUACGAAACUUGUCUAUAGUGCUCACUCUCAACAGACUAAUCAAUCGUUACAAGACAGCUGAAAUUUCACUUUGUAAGAAGUGUUCUGAUUGGUUGAAAGAAGGAUCGAAAAGAAAAAAAAUAUUUGAUUGGCUUUAAAAUUAGGUUAUAUGGGGAUUUAAUUGUAGAUAUCUUUUUAGGUGUGUUGAGCAAUGCGGGAAGUGUGCAAAUAUACAAAAAUGUCCAUUGUCUAUGUGUAAUGUUUGUCGAUAAUGUCAUGUUCUCAGGUUAUGAUGUCUUUCCUUUCAUGUGUAUUACUCUUUUAUUGUUUACCUGUGUCAAAUAUGCUAUGACUUAUCAUAAAAAUAUAGUUCUAUUUAUUAACUCUAAAUGGAAGGACUGAUUCGUUUUUUUUUUACAAUAUAAUAAGUCAUGGACUUAGCUUGUUUUUUUUCUAAGACACAAUUUAAGUUUCUUGCUUGUGUUAAUGGUGCUAUUUAAUUUUUUUUUCCUUUUUUUGUUAUUAAUUUGUUUUACUUAAGCAGCAUUAAAUAAUAAAAAUAGAAUUAAAUCUUUAUGUAUUAAUUUUUGCUUCAGGCAUCAUUGUUCCCGUGUCAAUCGGUUUUCUGUAAAAUUGUCAUAAAACCAAUGAUUCCAUGUUGUGAAAUGUUUGUUGAUCAUAGCAACAUUUUUCAAGAAAAUAAAUUGUUGAUAUGAAAUAGAAUAA